AUAUUUAUAUUCCAAUCUCUGUUGUAAAAGUUGCAGUACUUAAGGAAAUUAGGGAUGGCAGAAGAGCAGUGUGACACAAAGGCCAGAAAGCACGAGUAUAAAGAGCUAUGAUAUUUAUCUGAAUUUACCUGAGUGCCGCUAACACUAGUAACCUCGACGAGGACAGGAAGCCGGCGGCAUGUCUAAGAUACCCCCCAUUUGCCUUGAUGAUCUUUUUCAGUUGGACUUUACAAUUUAAGAGAGUACGGAUUCCUUAGGGUUCAAUGAUCCGGCUCUAUUCGGACAAGCCAUCGGGGGCACACGGACUGUUCCCCCGUGGCCAGUGAUUCUUCUGGCUCCUUGGUGGCUGGCUCAGUCUUGGUUUCAGGCGCUGCUUGCUCAGUGUCUGAAUCCGGGCAUUAUUCCGUGGCUCCACCAUUAUCAGCAGGUCAGACAGGUAAAGAAAUGGGAAGCUUAAGUGAUUCUGAUCCUGAUUUUUGGGACUUGGGAGAAGAUGGUGGUGGCAAGACAGCUCAUAGAAAAAGAGGCCGCCUGAAGAAAAGACCAUGUCGUGGCCUAGUUGACUAGGGCGUGUACGUGGGAACACCCAUCGCAUAGGUUCGAACCCUCGUCAUGGCUCCUACGGAUUUUCUCAUUGACACAUCACCAAAGGAUUUCCUAAAUUUCCUCCAAACAUCUCUGAUAAUUUAAAUAAAGAAAAUAGUGACGUUCUCCCUAAUAUAAAUGAUAAGGAAGAAGUGAAGGUCCCUGAAUUUAUGAAUAAGAAAGCCAGACAAAAAAAGGACAAUGAAGAUUUAAUAGAAAGACAGAAUAUAUUGCAUGAAAACAGGGAAGAAGAUAGGGAGGGUGGUAAUAAUGAGAGGGAGAAUGAUGCAAGCACUGGAGAAGAAUCCGACAACUUGAAUGAAUCUGAAAGGAACUCGCAGCAGAAAGAGCGAGAGGAGGGAAGUGGAAGCAGCAGUGACUCGAGUAAACGUACCAGUCUUCUUAGUGGUUCAGAUUUACCUCACGACUCCCCAAAAGAUGCUGCCUUGACUGAUGAAUCAGCAAAAAGUUCUAAAUGCUCAGGUAUUGAUUCACAGUGGCUAGUUGAAGAGUACCUUCUUCCACCUCAACAAAAACUUAAAUUAGCUCUGUACCGAGGUAGAAAACUGUUGGCUGCAAAGGAGGCUGACGGUGCUGUUCGAGAAUUUAUUCGGGCACAGGCUCUUGCCAGAAUUGUUCAUGGUGACCAGCAUUGGAGAUAUUGUCGAUGCAAAGUCUUUUUAGCACAAACAUAUUUGUAUUUAAAGGACUAUGCUCCCCAAGGAGAGGCACAGGCCCAGGAGGCUUUAGACACCAUUAAUACACAUCUCUCUACGGAUCUUGCACCUUCAAAGAAACCACAGGUUCAUCAUACCUUAUUGUGGGGAUACCUGAUCACUGGUGAGGCACGCAUUAAAUUAGAUCAGUUUAUUGGGGCCCAGGAGGCUCUGAGUCUUGCACUUUAUCAUACUCGAAUAUAUUCACGAAUGGUAUCUCGACGAAAAAAAAAGCUGACCCCGUCUCUGACAAUGGACCGCGCACUUGACUUGCAAGUGAAAGUACUUUGUGCUCAAGCGACCCUCCAUUCCAAGAGGAGAAAAUACCUCAAGGCUCGGGAAAAGUUGGAAUUAAGCAUAAAAACAAUAGAAUCGAGUGGAACAGGAGUUGAUGACCCUGGACUUGUGGGUCCAUUGCAACAACUUGGCCAGCUUCUCCUCAAUCACGGCCAGACUGAUCAAGAUGCCGAGGCUGGCCUUAAGUACCUGGCUCGAGCUGUUCACAUAACACAAGUAAGCAAUAGACCAGGUAGUGUAGCAGAAUGCGAAGCCCGAGGACUGCUGGUAGAACACCAGUUACGUCUACGAAGAACGGACAUUAAAGAAGCUCUACGUGAACUCCACAAACUUGGCCUCCUUUAUUCUCGGUUGCAUGGAGAACAAAGUCCAAAGACAUUAGCCAUACAUAGUCUUACUAUUCAAGUGUUAGUACAGGAGGAAGACUAUGAACAAGCCAUCCAGCAGCUGAGAACAAGACUGAAGCACUGUCGGGAUGCAUAUGGAGAUUACAGCUCACAGGUAUGUGGAGUACUGCGUCAACUUUCCCGCGUACAUGCUCUUAGUGGGGAUCUAAGUGCUGCAGCUUCAGCACUUGAUCAGUGUCUUCAGGUCGAAACUUUAAUCUAUGGAUCUUCUUCAAGAAGAGCACAAGCAUCUCAUCUCAGACUACAAGAAAUGAUUCAAAAGUUGCCAUUGUCAGUGAGAAUGAAGAUGUAUAGGAAGCAUCCAGAAUUGCAGAAUAAACCACGGUUUAGAAAUAUAUAGCCGUUAAUACAACAAUGUAUUUGCUGCAUGACUGCUUUGCAAAUUGUGUACCAGUACCAAUUGCUACUUAAUUAUGCAACUCUACAUAUUGUACAAAUAUCCUCUUAAUACUGUAUGUAGUUAUGUAAAUGUAGUAAAUUACCUUGACUUAGUGACUGUGAAUAUGUCAUGCUCAAAAGAACCUAUUAAACAUUGUUAUGUAGCAUAAAUUAUGAAGGCCUUAAUCAGUGGAUAAAGUAAUGUACUUUAAAGUUAUUAGCUUAUUUUCACCACAUUUUGUAACUGAUAGUUUAUGCUUGUUUAUGAAAAAUGUAUACAGGCUGUGUGUAAUAUAUAUUAUACAGUAUAUAUAUAUAUAUAUAUAUAUAUAUAUAUAUA